AUGUGCAUGAGUGACUCAGCAGUAAUUUGCUUCAAAAGAGCAUCUCUUGAUUCAAGGCUCCCAUUUCACUCUUCCCCCACCUGCCCUCUGUACGUAGUGCUGCUGUGCUGGAUUACUUUGACUUGACCUGAUGGAGCUGUUGAUGUUUAGUCUGGUCCUUCUACAAGGGAUCUCUCCCUGCUUUAGCUUUCCCAAUGGUGCACCCACCUCCGCCUGUGAUGACAUGGUUCCUCGUCACACUGGGGUGCAGCCACAGCCCACCCCAGCACCCUACACCAUCCUCACCAGCACCAAGACCCUUCAGACUGGCCAGCCCAUUACAGUGACCAUAACUGGAACAAACUACAGAGGCGUGCUUCUGGAGGCCAGAUCGGCAGCCAGCACUAGCACUAAUGCUUUAGGAAGUUGGCAACUUCCUCCUCCAGAUACCAAAUUCCUGCAGUGCUCAGGAAAUAAAGAAGGUGCCAUCACCCAUGCCAAUACUAAUGUGAAAGACGACACUACUGUGUUUACCUGGUUACCACCCAACAAUACCAACACGAUCUACUUCAUGGCCACUAUAGCCCAACAGCGCACUGUCUACUGGUUGAAUAUCAGGUCAGGAACUUUGAUCAAAGGAUCAGAGGGCAUUGGUCUGGCUACAGGUGGAAAUCCAGGGAUGGCCAGUAAAGGGUUUCUGCUGCUCCUUGCCCCAUGUAUGCUGGUGUCACAGAUGCUCCCAAGAUAGUUUCAUUCCAUUUUGAUUCUACCGAAGCAGCUUCCAUCAUCUGCUUUUAUUGGAAAAAAUAUUGAUUGCAUGAUAUAUUGUAUUAGAAAAAAAGUACUUUCCAUACAAAAGUUUUAGAUUAAAGGUAGUAUCAUGCAGCAGUUUGUGAUACAUUUGCUUUGUCUUCAUUCAAUUGGGGACUAAAAUCCAUCCUAAUUAUUUUACUUCACUAUAACCUCAUUUAUACUUGUUAACAUGUCCUGAUGUUGUCCAUAUUCUGAUUGUCAGAAAUAUGUCUACACACGGUAUUACAAUGUCAUCUGUCCACUGUGUCCGCAUUGUGACCAGAUGUCAUGGUUCUACCUUGUCUUAAAAUAAAAAGCAUACAAGUCAA